AUGGCGAUCCGAUGCCUCUGGAACAACAUUGCUGCCCUCCCAGCAGACCCCAUUUUUUCUGCUUCUUUGGUUGCGAAGAAAGCACCAGAACCAAAAGCAGACCUCAUUAUUGGCGCCUACCGUGAUGCGGAAGGCCACCCAUACCCCCUAAAUGUUGUAAGAAAAGCAGAACAACGCCUUCUGGAAAUGAAUGCCGACAAGGAGUACCUACCAAUGUCAGGGUAUGCGCCCUUCAUUGAAGAGUCUUUGAAGAUUGCUUAUGGGGACAGUGUGGCGCGUGAAAAUGUGGUGGGCAUACAGGGACUGAGCGGCACAGGGUCACUCAGUAUUGGAGCGUGUUUCCUCGCCCGUGUACUCUCGCGCGACACUCCUGUGUACAUUUCCGAUCCGACGUGGCCAAACCACUACGCUGUUAUGGCCGCGGCAAAUCUGACCGACUUACGCAAGUACCGUUACUACGACAACGCCAAACGUUGCAUUGACUUUGAUGGUCUUUUAGAAGACCUCAACGGGGCGCCGGAGGGCAGUAUUGUGAUCCUGCAUGCCUGUGCACAUAAUCCGACAGGUAUGGACCCGACCCACGAACAAUGGGCCAAAAUUUUGGAGGUUUUCCAGGCGCGUCGUCUCAUUCCCUUCUUUGACUCUGCAUAUCAGGGAUAUGCCACCGGAAGCCUUGAUAAUGACGCCUAUUCGAUUCGUCUCUUUGCACGACAAGGGAUGGAAAUGCUUCUUGCACAGUCCUAUUCAAAGAAUAUGGGCCUGUACGCAGAGCGUGUGGGUGUCUGCUCCAUUGUCACAGCCAACCCAAAGAAGGCACCGUUGAUUAAGUCGCAGCUUGAAACGAUCGUACGUAGCCAAUAUUCCACUCCACCGGCUCACGGUGCUCGAGUGGCGUACCUCGUCUUGAGCGACCCUGAACUUCGUGCAGGGUGGGAGCAGGAGUUGCGAGUAAUGUCGACGCGUGUGCUCGAAAUGCGCCAAGCUUUGUACGAUGGCCUCAAGAGACUCGGUACCCCUGGCUCCUGGGAACAUAUUAUUCAGCAGGUUGGAAUGUUUUCAUAUCUUGGUCUCACGAAGGCCCAGUGUGAAAAACUUAUUGAAAGGCGUGUCUUUGUACUCCCAUCCGGACGUGCAAACAUGGCUGGUCUAACAAAAAGGUCAGUGGAACUGCUUGUAAAAGGCAUCGACGAGGUGGUAAGAACCGUCACGGAAUGA